ACGCUGCGGAGGGGAGGCGCUCGUUGAUUGGCUGUCUCCCACCCUCCGCCCGAGUGUGCCCGACUGUACCCGACUGUGCCCGAGCCCGUGGCUACGUGGCGUGGCCACGGGUCGUCCAUAGAUUUGACCCUGUUAAGCAUUUUGUGACAUCAAUGUAAAUUGUUCUUUCUGUGAAUUGUAUCGCAGUGAUUAUACAUACGGACUGUAGAGAGAUGUGAACACCACUACUUUUUAUGAUAGAGAUACAUUAUUUGCUUUUUAUGAUCACUACAAGGUGGUGGAUACUGUUAUUACUCAGGCUUUACAAUGGUGUCCUUAACCCUUUUAUAUUGACGACUUAUUAGUAUAGUGUAGUGUUAUUAUUCUUUCUUCUAUCUCUGUCUGUUUUUCAUGGUUCUCCACAGCUGUCUCCCGAAUUCAGGGUCGGAGCCGAGCCAUCGGUUGAGUUCAUGGAGGUUUUGAAAAAUCUUAUUCCAUGGUUGAUCUCCGAGAGCAUUCGGUGAGACACCGUCUCCUCCUACAGUCGCAUGGCCCGACGGGACUCCAUUCACCAUGUACCGAUGACACCAUUGACACACUGAUAUUUGUCUUUGAUUAUUCGUCCUUUCAGUGCUUGUACCACUUUAAUCCACCUUCCACUCGCACUAAUAUUUCAAUAUCUUGAUGUAUUUUCACAUCCCUGGUCCCUGUUAUUAAAUACCAAACUCAAUCGUAUACCAGCGGUAGUGUGACCAAGAGAAGACCGCGUACGUGUGAGGGGAACAGGCGAUGUUGGCUACACUUCCGCGCAUUACAGUGAGCUUGUAGAAUGUCUGUCUCUUUCGUUUCGUCGUUGCACUUUGUAGACGCUCCCUGCGCACUCGGGUCGUGUGGAUGAAAGUGGUACUGCAGCUCGCGGCAGCGGCCUGUGGUCGGGGACCGGGAGGAGGCUGCGCUCGCGUGGUCAUAACGGGUCGUCAUGGUGAUCCACAAAACCUUGUCACAGGCGCGCGACAUAUUUCGACCAAAAAGAAGAAGUUCAGUUCCCACGCUGACACGAUGUAGGACGGGCAGAGCAUGUACUGUGUGUGCUGUAUGUACCCUUCCGCAUCGUGCUGCAUCCACGUCACGGCUGAAUGUUUAAAUCCUCUCCCUGCUUUGAUCCCGGCGCUGACAGAGAUCCUCUGGAGAGCUCUCUGUGCUCCACAAGUGGCCCGCAGCAGAAGCAGGCUCAGUCAGAGGGAAGGGGAGGACGGACGUCAGGGGCUCGAGAUGAAGACAUCGGUCCAGAGCAUGGACCUAGCAGCCGACUUGGAACGCAUAAUCCAGGAGUUGGAGGGCGGACACGGGCCUGACCCAUACCGGGAGUACCUGUCAUAUGAGAGGCCUGUUCACAAUGUCCGAGGACCCGCAGCCUGCUGUUCUCCUGCACAACCAUAUGUGCCAAUGACGCUGCCUCAAGGGGGCGAGUUCAACCUGCCUCAUGUGAAUGGAAUGCCGGUUUAUGUGCUCCCACCGGGAAUCUCCGUCACUUCUUUUGCGCCUGCUGCUCCUUCACAGAAAACCUUCAUGUCGAAGAAGAGAAAGUGUAACCAGAAGGAGGACAUGAGGCCGUACAUCAAGAAGCCGCCCAACGCCUUCAUGAUGUUCCUGAGGGAGCAGAGGCAAACCGUUGUCACCGAACGGAACCCCCCACUCAACAGUGCGGAAGUCAACGCUGUCGUUGGUCAGAGGUGGAAGGCGCUGUCAAAUGAGGAGAAGAACAAAUAUUACGAGGAGGCGGACAGGGAGAGCCAGCUCCACGCUCAGCUGUUUCCUCAGUGGUCGUCCCGUGCCAAUUAUGGAAAGAAAAGAAAAAGGAUUCGGACAAAAUCUCGCUACCAGUGUUUAAGCAUGCGCAUCGAAACCUGAGGAGGUCGCUGGUGACGGAGCCGCCGACCUCGCAGGUCACUCGGAUGACGGUGGUGACGCAGUUUGAUUAAUAUAAUGAAUAUAUAGGCAAUGUAAAGAUAUACAUAUUUCCUUGAAAUGAUAAUGAUUCACAUCCCACCAGAUAUUGCGAUUGCAAUUUGUUUUUUGAUAAUAAUUUGCCCGCACACACACACACACACUGAAAGAGAGCGAGAUGUGUUGAAGAGGAGAAGGCUGAGAGCUCUCUCUCUGUUGGCAGUCUGUCUCUUGAACGAGGGAAUGGUCGUGGUGUUCCUUAUUUAGAGAAGUUGAGGUUCUCAGAUUGCAGGCGGGGUUACUCCCAAAAGAGUCCAACUGUGACAUCACAGUGGGAGAGAAAUCUGAACCAGUUGUUCAGAGCUUCAGGCUGUGAGGUUCAGCCAGCUCACAAGAACCGGCGGGCUCCACAGAUACACACAUUUAUGUGCACAAACCCUGAAAAAGUGAUUUUUGCAUAAUGCAUCACCAAUUGGUGAAACAAACCACAAAGCUCUGACUGACAGAGUUCCGUCACAGCAUCACACUGACUUGAGUGAGUCACAUGACUGCAGACGUUCCGCCUGGUGACAGUGACGCUGCACACGAUGGCACAGCGACCUGCACGCAGCCUAACUCACUGAGAAUGUUGUUGUAGACAUUAGUCCUGCUUUCUUCAACGUUAACAGUAAAUGUUGUAACACUGAAUGAAGCGAGUUGAUAAGCGUCACAGUUUACUGGCACCAGUGUGGGUUUUGUUCUUUUUCUUCCACUACAAACACAAUAAUCUGCUGUAUUAUUGUAUAGUGUUAAUUGGUAUGAAUUGAAAUGAUACAACUUGAAAAUGAUGGUACAAUUCUAAAAUUAAGGUAGCGAUGGCCUGUUUGAUAUGUCAGGUACAGUACACAUUUUGCUGCUGUUGUUGCAUCAAAAUGAAAGUUGGACCAAAGAAUUUCAUGUUAUCCAAACACAGUUUGCCUAAAUAAAAGGCCUCAAGAUA